UUUUUUUUGGUCCUGAAUUUGAAACUCUUGAAAGCGAUGGAAGUAAACGGUGCCGUCUUGGGUUGGAGAUGAACGUUCCAUGACAGACCGUUAAUAUAGUUGAAGGCAUCUCUAUUUAUAGGUAAAAAAAGGUUGACCCACUAAACUUCUUUGAAACCUUAAUUGAAUCAAAACCAACCUCAAUCUCUCCAGCGGCAGCUCUGUUCUCUCUCCCUCUCUUCUAUCUCCUUUACUCGGACGGAAUCCGCCCGACAAAACAACCAGAAACAUGCAGGGAAAAGGGUCAUGAUCUUGGUCCGGGUCAUGAUCUCCGAUCUCGCACAUUCCCAACCUCUCUAGCCCUCUUGUUCUUGGCCAGAUCGGUUGUCUUUGAACUCUUUGAUGGCGAAGCGGUCAUUCAAGUCCUUUGUCGAGCAGGAGCUCGGGAAGUUCCCCCUGUUUGUAAUCAAUGCCGUCCUCGAGUGGAUCCUCAUCGUUAUCUUAUUCAUCGACGGGUUCCUCGCCUUCGUGGCCAAUGAGUUCUCCAAGUUCUUUGAUAUGCGAGUCCCGUGCCUCCUCUGCACGAGGAUAGACCAUGUCCUCGUCCGAAGAAACCCUGACUUCUACUACAACGAGUCUGUGUGCGAGGCCCACAAGAAGGCCGUCUCCUCCCUCGCCUACUGCCAUGUCCACAAGAAGCUCUCUGAUAUCAAGAAGAUGUGUGAGGGCUGCCUCCUCUCCUUCGCUACGGAAAAGGAAUCCGACUGCGAUACUUACAAAUCUCUCGUUGGGAUUCUUCAUAAGGAUCUAGAUUGUUUUGUUCAGGACGACUCCCAUAUUCAUUUGGCGCUGCCCACCUCGAAGAAAGCUGGGGAUUCUUCUUCCGUGCAUUCCGAGAAGGAUGUGGCAAGUGACCAGAGAUGUUCUUGCUGUGGGGAGCCAUUGAAGGCGAAGUUCUCUUCUUCCAACCCAAAGGGAGGGAGUUCACAAAAACCGGGAAAGAGCACGAGCCCGAUUUCACAGGCUCCAGCUCCAUCCCCUCGAGGACCACUCACGACUUUGAAGAAUGGUGAUGGCCCGAAUCUGAUGUUGCCACAUAUUAGAUACACCGAGCUCAAGUUCAUGUCCGACAACGAUGGUGAAAUUCAGGAUGACGAUAGUGCAUUCAAUGGGAUAGUUCCCGAAAAUCAAGGUAAGGAAGACACCAAAGCUGCUUCGGUUCCUCUGCUUACGGAUGCAGAUGAGAUCAAUGAGGCUUUAAAGACCCCGACCUUCUCCCGGGGGAACAAGUUUUUUGGAAUUCCACUGAGCGACUCCGCAAAUACGAGCCCAAAGUGGUCCAACCGGACCCUGAGGAGGUCCCCGCUCGAGAAGAUGGAGUUCGCCUCCCAAGAGUCCAUUGACAUAAAUGCUGCUUCUAACGAUCCGGAGAACUAUUCCAUCGUGAACCACUUGAAGAGGCAAGUUCGACUGGAUCGUAAGUCCCUCAUGGCACUCUACAUGGAGCUCGAUGAAGAGAGGAGCGCAUCGGCGGUUGCGGCUAAUAACGCCAUGGCUAUGAUCACGAGGCUGCAGGCCGAGAAAGCUGCAGUUCAGAUGGAGGCUUUGCAGUACCAGAGGAUGAUGGAGGAGCAGGCGGAGUAUGAUCAGGAAGCUCUUCAGGAGACGAACAAUUUGCUCGCAAAGAGAGAAGAGGAGAUAAAGGCUUUAGAGGCUGAGCUCGAGGCUUACCGGAAGAAGUAUGGCUGCUUGCAGGAGGAAGAUUACGAGCCCUGCAAGGUCAAUGUGGACGAGGAGGAGUAUGAGGAUAUGGAGCCUCCUCAAUCAUAUUCUUUCUUCAAUGGAGGAUCCGAAUGCGACAGCCCACCUAACAGCUCGCACACAGAUCAUUCCAAAAAUCAUCGGGAAGAGGACAUAGAUAACGGAUUCAAGGAUCAUCCCGAUGAGAACCAUUGCAGUGGAGAUGAAGUGACUGGACUUCGGGAGUGACAUGCUUUAAUCUCCGCAGAGGCCUUCAUGGACACAUAACCGGAUGACAAUGAGUUGCCUCUAGAUACUUCAUUCCGAUGGUACUGCCAAUGCUUGAAUCGCCCCUUUCUCAUCUAAAGUUACACAUCUAUUCCUUUGACCCAUUUUCUUGUCCGCCUUCUUCCGUUAGGAUGUAUAUAGACUUUACUCUUUCAUCGCCCUCUGCUCCUUUUGGUGCUCUGGAAAUGCAUACAAGGGUCUGGAACCGCCCAUUCAAGCGAAUAAGAGAAAUCCGAAGGCUCCGUUGUAACUUUGAAUUUGUGAAUUAAAAGACUAAAAGUUUUGUGUUAUUUAUACCAUUGUAUCAGCAAAUACUCAGAAUCAGUUUUUCCA